GACGGAGGCAGUCAUCUGCAGUGUCUCGCGUAUCUUUCCAUUUAACAACAUUCUCCAUUGUCCUAAUGACCUAACUUCUUCGCCCCAUCCGUAGUAGUGGUAGUACUACUAUACGGCCCGCCUCCUCCUCCUCCCCAAUCAGCCAAGUUGGCCCAAGCCAGACUGACUGAUCGGCAUCUGGCUAUCUUCUGCGGGGUGAGAUGGGUAUUUCCCGCUUCCCAGUUCUUCCUGUGACGCAUAAAGCCUCUCGCGGCCCUCGGUUUCUCUCGUCUUUCUUCGCCUUUUCUGCUUCCGACCAACCAAGGGGUGCCUCCUUUCCGCCAGAGCUUUCUUUCUCUUCUGUAGCUCACCAUGGCCGAAUCCAGCGAGGAAAAGUCUCCGAUGGGCCAGCACAUUGAAUCCCCUGUGAUACAUGAGCCGCUGUCUAUGAGCUGGAGAAAGUAUCUGGUUACGCGUCUGCCAACCCUCAAGCCGCCUAUGAACGAGGCGCCGAAUCCUUUCAAGGCCCUUGCUUUACUCAACAGACAACAAUGGCUUUUCUUUGCUGUCGCGUUCUUUGGUUGGACUCUCGACGCCCUGGAUUUCUUCACCGUCUCUUUGACUACCUCUGAGCUCGCGGAGACAUUCGAUAAGUCUAUCACCGAUAUCACCUGGGGCAUUACCCUCGUGUUAAUGCUCCGGUCCGUCGGUGCCAUUCUUUUCGGAAUUGCCUCCGACCGCUGGGGCCGCAAGUGGCCCUUCAUCGUGAACAACAUUCUCUUCAUUGCCCUGGAGAUUGGAACGGGUUUCACCCAGACAUAUAGACAGUUCCUUGCCUGUCGCGCGCUCUUUGGAAUUGCCAUGGGUGGCCUGUACGGUAACGUCGCUGCUACCGCGCUGGAAGACUGUCCCAUGGAAGCCCGAGGUAUUGUAUCUGGCCUGCUGCAGCAAGGGUAUGCAUUUGGGUACUUGCUGGCUACGGCGUUUGCUCGCGCCUUGGUCGGGACUACGUCGCACGGAUGGAGACCAUUUUUCUGGUUUUCUGGUUGUCUUCCAGUGCCGGUGAUUAUCUUCCGUCUUUGUCUUCCUGAGACCAACGCAUACCGGGAGCGCCAGGCCAUCCGCGAGGAAAUCCGCGGUGGAGUCACGGCUACUUUCAUGUCGGAGGGUAAAGUCGCUGUGAGGCGGCACUGGAUGCUCCUGAUCUACCUGGUGCUGCUGAUGGCCGGAUUCAACUUUAUGUCCCAUGGGUCCCAGGACCUCUACCCUACCAUGCUUGGACGCCAAUUCGGCUUCUCCUCCAAUGCUGUGACGGUCACCCAGGUCGUCGCCAACCUCGGCGCUUUGACUGGCGGCACACUCUGCGGCUGGGCAAGUCAAAUCUUCGGCCGCCGCUUCUCCAUCAUUGCCAUCAGCAUUGUAGGCGGCGCUCUUCUCUACCCGUAUACUUUCGUGACCUCCGAACGCGUCAUGGCUGCCGCAUUCUUCGAGCAGUUCUGCGUCCAGGGCGCAUGGGGCGUCAUCCCCAUUCACCUGAUGGAGCUCUCACCCGGUGCAAUCCGCACGUUCACCGUCGGUACAGCCUACCAGCUCGGUAACCUGGUGUCGUCGGCGAGUUCGACGAUCGAGUCAACAAUCGGGGAGCGGUUCCCGCUCCCGCCAACCGAAGAAGGCCAGAAGCGGUACGAGUACGGCAAGGUUAUUUGUAUUUUCAUGGGCUGUGUUUAUGCGUAUACGAUUAUCGUGACGUUUUUGGGGCCUGAGCGGUUAGGAAGACAGUUUGAUGUUGCCCAUGAUGCGGAUAUUGCGGCUGUUGCAGAGAAGGGGAGAGAUGCGAAGGAUCCGGAGGAGGGGCUUGCAUCCAACUAGGUAGUCGAUUCAUCGCCGACUCUGCCAAUUCUAUGAAUGCCCUUCUGAAUUACCUUGCGCUUAGACAUAUAGAGGGGGGGGGGGGUGCAUUCUAUUGAGAUCUACUGUCUUGGUGUGAUGAGUCUCAUUGUUGAUAUGUUGACAUGUUAGGGCUCGCUUGCUUGCUUGCUUGCUACUCCGUACUUCAUCCAGGAAGGAAGGAAGGUUAUUGCUCUGAACUCUAGUGCGUCCCAUUUAAUGAUAAUGACUCGAAAGGGGGGCCUGCACGUAAUACUUGGAAACAAGUAGAUGUCGAUUCUUUCUAUCCUGAUCAUAGAGUAGGUAUUACUAUAUGACGUCACCAAGUGCAGUGGGCUUAGCAGUAGGUAUA